UCCUGCGAGCCCUCUAGGGCAGCGGGGCCAUGCAGCCCCGGGGGUGUGCUGCGCUCUGGGUGCUGCUGCUGGCGCAGGUUGGUAAGCAGCAGACACCUGUGUGCGCCCAGAGGACCGCACCUCCAGCGCCUGGGCGCCCGGGAGACUCGCAUCCCCUGCCAUCCUCCGGACUGGGCUGGCUGGAGAGCGCCGAGUAUGACCUGGUGUCAGCCUACGAGGUGGACCACAGGGGGGAUUAUGUAUCCCAUGACAUAACGCACCACCAACGGCGGCGGAGGGCCUUGGCCCAGCCAGGAGGAGACGCCCUUCACUUGCGCCUGAUGGGCACCAAGCAUGACUUCCACCUGGACCUGAAAGCUGCCAGCAGCUUGGUGGCCCCUGGGUUCAUGGUGCAGACUCUGGGGAGAGGAGGUACCAAGUCUACACAGAUGUUCCCACUGGAGGACUUCUGCUUCUAUCAGGGCUCCUUACGGUCACAGGAGAGCUCCUCGGUGGCACUCUCCACCUGCCAAGGUUUGUCAGGCAUGAUAAGGACAGAGGAAGCUGAUUACUUCUUAAAGCCACUGCCUGCACACGUGGCAGAAAAACUGAACAGCUCUUCACAGGGCGGUUCUCCCUCCCAUGUGCUGUACAAGAGAUCGGCAGAGCCCCAGGCUCCCAGGGAGAAAGAAGUGCUGCUGGUCACCAGGAAGCGGGAGCUGGUGGGAUCUCACCUGUACCCUGAGGGCUUCCAUCUCACACUUCCACAAAAGCAGCAUUUCUGUGGAAGUCGCAAGAAAUACAUGCCUCAGCCUCCCAAGGACGACCUCUUCAUCCUGCCUGAUGAGUACAAGCCUGGCUCCCCCCGGCACAGGCGCUCGCUCCUGAAAUCCCAUAGAAAGGAGGAGCUGAACGUAGAGACCCUGGUGGUGGUUGACAGGACGAUGAUGCAAAGCCAUGGCCAUGGGAACAUCACCACCUACGUCCUCACGGUGCUCAACAUGGUGUCCGCUUUAUUCAAGGAUGGGGCAAUAGGAGGGAACAUCAACAUCGCCGUCGUGGGGCUCAUUCUGCUGGAGGAGGAGCAGCCGGGGCUGGUGAUUAGCCACCAUGCAGACCACACUUUAAGCAGCUUCUGCCAGUGGCAGUCUGGACUGAUGGGGAAAGAUGGAACUCGCCACGACCACGCCAUCUUGCUGACGGGUCUGGACAUAUGUUCCUGGAAGAACGAACCCUGUGAUACCUUGGGCUUUGCACCCAUAAGCGGCAUGUGCAGCAAGUACCGGAGCUGCACAGUAAAUGAAGAUUCGGGACUUGGACUGGCCUUCACCAUCGCCCAUGAGUCUGGACACAACUUUGGCAUGGUUCAUGAUGGAGAAGGAAACAGGUGCAAAAAGUCGGAGGGUAACAUAAUGUCACCCACACUGGCAGGACGCAACGGGAUCUUCUCCUGGUCUCCCUGCAGCCGCCGGUACCUGCACAAGUUUUUAAGUACUGCCCAAGCUGUGUGCCUUGCUGACCGGCCAAAGCCAGUGAAGGAAUACAAAUACCCAGAAGAGCUGCCGGGACAGUUAUAUGACGCGAAUACACAGUGCAAGUGGCAAUUUGGAGAGAAAGCCAAGCUCUGCAUGCUGGACUUUAAAAAGGACAUCUGUAAAGCCCUGUGGUGCCAUCGGAUUGGAAGGAAAUGUGAGACUAAAUUCAUGCCAGCUGCAGAGGGCACCCUGUGUGGGCAGGACAUGUGGUGUCGUGGAGGACAGUGUGUGAAAUACGGUGAUGAAGGCCCCAAGCCCACCCAUGGCCAUUGGUCAGACUGGUCCCCCUGGUCCUCCUGCUCCAGGACCUGUGGGGGAGGGGUGUCUCACAGAGACCGGCUCUGCACCAAUCCCAGACCAUCUCAUGGAGGGAAGUUUUGCGAGGGCUCCACACGUACACUGAAGCUUUGCAACAAUCAGAAAUGUCCCCAGGACAGCGUGGACUUCCGCACCGCCCAGUGUGCAGAAUACAACAGCAAACGUUUCCGGGGAUGGCAUUAUGAGUGGAAGCCAUACACCCGAGUGGAAGAUCAGGACUUAUGCAAACUCUACUGUAUCGCAGAAGGAUUUGAUUUCUUCUUUUCUUUGUCAAAUAAAGUGAGAGAUGGGACUCCAUGCUCGGAGGAUAGCCGUAAUGUUUGUGUAGAUGGGAUGUGUGAGAGGGUUGGUUGUGACAAUGUCCUUGGAUCAGAUGCUGCUGAGGACUCCUGUGGGGUCUGCAAAGGGAAUAACUCAGAUUGCACAGUGCACAGGGGCCUCUACAGCAAACACCACCAUACCAACCAGUAUUACCAUAUGGUGACCAUUCCUUCUGGAGCCAGGAGCAUCCGCAUCUAUGAAACGAACAUAUCUACCUCCUACAUUUCUGUGCGCAAUUCCCUCAAGAGAUAUUACCUGAAUGGACACUGGACUGUGGACUGGCCUGGACGAUACAUAUUUUCAGGCUCUGCCUUCAACUACAGACGGUCCUAUAAGGAGCCUGAGAGCUUAACCUCCACGGGGCCAACCAACGAAACGCUGAUUGUGGAGCUCCUGUUCCAGGGCAGGAACCCCGGUGUAGCCUGGGAGUUCUCACUGCCGCACUCAGGUGCUAAGAAGACACAUGCUGCCCAGCCCAGCUACACAUGGGCCACCAUGCACUCCCAGUGCUCUGUCUCCUGUGGAGGGGGGUGGAUGAGUUCCCAAGAAGGCUGCUACAGAGACCUGAGGGUUCAAGUGAACACAUCCUUCUGCAACCCCAAGACCAGACCGGCCACAGGGCUGGUGCCCUGCAAGGUGUCAGCCUGUCCUCCCAGCUGGUCUGUGGGAAACUGGAGCCUGUGCAGUCGAACGUGUGGUGGGGGAACUCAGAGCAGACCUGUGCAGUGCACGCGGAGGACACACUACCGUGAGGAUCCCAUCUUGGCCAGCCUGUGUCCGCAGCCCGUGCCCUCCAGCCACCAAGCCUGCAACUCUCAGAGCUGCCCACCUGCGUGGAGCACGGGGCCUUGGGCUGGGUGCUCACGGACCUGCGGCAAGGGCUGGAGGAAGAGGGCGGUGGCCUGCAAGAGCACCAACCCCUCAGCCAGAGCCGAGCUCCUGCCCGACACUGCCUGCACCUCAGAGCCCAAGCCCAGGACUCACGAAGCCUGCUUGCUCAAGCGCUGCCCCAAGCACAAGAAACUGCAGUGGCUGGUGUCUGCCUGGUCCCAGUGCACUGUGAGCUGUGGAAGGGGAAUCCAGGAGAGGUUCCUGAAAUGUGCUGAAAAGUAUGCAUCUGGGAAGUACCAAGAACUGGCCUCCAAGAAGUGCUUGCAUCUGCCAAAGCCGGACCUGGAACUGGAACGUACCUGUGUUCUGUUUCCCUGUCCCCAGCACCCCCAGUACACUGCCGCAGGCCUCCCAAGAGGCAGCUGGUUCGCCUCACCCUGGUCUCAGUGCACAGCCAGCUGUGGGGGUGGUGUGCAGAGGAGAACCGUGCAGUGCCUGCUGGGGGGUCAGCCAUCCUCCGACUGCUUCCUGCACCAGAAACCCGAGGCCUCCUCUGCUUGCAACACUCAUUUCUGCCCCGUUUCAGAGAAGAGAGACACCUUCUGCAAAGACGUCUUCCACUGGUGUUACCUGGUACCUCAGCACGGGAUGUGCAACCACAAGUUCUAUGGCAAGCAGUGCUGCAGGACUUGCUCCAAGUCCAACCUGUGAGUCAGGACCAGUUUCCACAGAAGAUGCCCCUGUGAUUGAGAAAGCCCAGCACAAGGGGGCUGUGCAGUGCACGUCGGAAUGCAGCCAAGGCAGUUGGGAACAAGGAGGACUGUGUGAGGCUCUUUGACCUGGACUGUGUGCAUGUGUUUCUGGGUGAGGUGGAUGCACAUUUGCAUCCACACAAGUACCCCAAGUGCAUGUUCUCCAGUUGGGUAGAAAAAUGGAGUCUGGGGGCUAACUUCCUACACUUCCACAGGAGGGUCUGUGAACUUACUAAACGCUAGGUGUCUGGUGCUUCAUAGAAAAGACGAAAAGGCCACGAGAUCAGGAAAAUGUGCAGAAUGUUCUCCGUCCAGCACACCAGCCUCCUUCCCAUCUCAGAGACACCUCUGCUACCAGGAAAUGUCUGUGGCAUGAAGGGGUCGUGCAGAAGAACGCCUGGACUCUCCCUCAGAUCCCCUCCUGCUCCGGUGGCCCCAGGAGCAGGUACCUGCUGGGGACGCCACAUUCUGACUUAGGUCUCUGCAUAUAUGUAAAUGGAAAAGGAAAUUCCCGCUAAGGUGCUUGCUGCCAGAGAAGAGCCUGUUAUACUUACGUUCUCCUUUCCCAGUUAUUUACAGUGAGUUCCUAUUUCAAUCCGUUUCUUAGUCUUGCUGUGUUUGAAGUGGCGGAUCAGAGUCUUGGCUACACUGAAAUCCAGCUGCCCCAGGAGAGCCGGAAUCCCUGGUAACCACUGUCAGCCAAGCAGCUGGUGUGCUCUAGUGCUAAGCCCAGGCUGUGCUUUCUGUGUUGUCUUGUUUUGGAUCACAUUCCAUAAGUUGGUUGCUUUUGAGCUCAGAGCAAAGGUCAAUGACCUUCAAAGGAGAGAUUUCCUGGCAGGCCUCCAACCCACCCCAGACCUCUCCCUGACAUAUGGGUGCU